GCGAGUUUAAUAGCAAAAUAUGCAAGCAAAUUUUAUAAUUUACAUCAAUUUCUAAAAUGGGUUUUGUGCUGUCCAAGUUCUUGAAGAAAAACACUACGCAUGCUGUGCUGGAGGAACUGCAGAAGCGGAUCCAGGCAUUGGAGAAGUACAUGAUCGACACGGAGGAGCGAAAGCGUCGAUUUGUGACAAACUUUGUGGGCUUCACCGUCGGCGCCUACAUCGUGGGCUUCGGACUCAUUUACUACUUCUACUGCCCCUCGACAGUGCUGGAGGGCAUAGUGUACCUAGUGCCGUUGCUCCUCAUACCCGUUGUCAUCAUUCUGCUGCGAUGCCUGCUUACUUGGUAUUUCCAACUCAAGCUGAACGAAAAUGGGGAAAAGCUAGCCAAGCUAAAGGAGGACAAGCGCAUCCUGUUGGAUCAGGUCAAGAGCAAGGAGAUCUAUAGGGUGGCCCUGAACAUCUUGGAGCGCUUCGAUGAAAAGGAGGAAAUUCGUCUUCAAACGGCAGCAGCUUUUGAACGGGUGCAGGAGCAGCAGGAACAAGUGCUCGCCGUGGAGGUACUGCAUCGCCGGAGACCGUUUCCCAUUGUGGACGAUCGGACGCGUAGCGCCUUUGAUCGCUUUGUGGACUUCAUCGUGGGCGAUGGUCCGCGAAAUCGAUUUGGUAUGAUCUGUAAGGAGUGUUAUGCUCACAACGGAAUGGUGCCCCGGGAGGAGUACGAGUAUGCCUCAUUUCGGUGUGCCUCCUGUGAUGUCCUGAAUCGGGCAAGGAAGAUGCGACCGGUGGCACCACUUCUCCAGAUGGAGGUCUCCACGGAGGGCAAUGAAAGCUCCGAGAGUGAAUCAGCAAUGCAACAGUCUUAGGCGCAGACUCUUGGUUUAUACAUUUUGUAGAUUUUAAAGGAAUACAAAAAUUCUGAAAAAAUAAGUAAAUAAAUACAUCUGGCAGCUACACCCUUG